AAAGCGCCCUUCAAAUCAAAUUUUACGAUGGUGAUUGCCAAAUCUUCAGUUUUAAAAAUCUUAUUCAUUCUUCAAUUUGUGAAUAAUUCUGUGCAAACAAUUUAUGAUUUGACAUUAGAAGAGGAACGGAUUUUCUCAGAUUGUCCAGAAAAGCUCCAAGAGUACGAUGUCAUCGAUAACAUGUUCGAUUUCUCAAAAAUGUCCUUUACCAUGACUGAAGAAGGAGUUAUUCUGGAAGGUAAUUUAACUUUUCAAUGGGAUAUAGACCCGAAAGAUCGAAUAGAGGCUUCAUGCUCAGUUUCUUAUUUUGAUAGAGGAAAUUGGCAACCAACAGUUCUUAAUAUCAAAUACAAGGAUUUUUGCGUCGCGAUGUUCGACCCCAAACAAUUUUGGUACAAAUUAUGGACAAAAAAUAUUGUUAACGCCGAGUAUGUAACGAAAGUGUGCCCCUUAUCUGGAACUGUGCUAAUAUUGGAGCCAUACACUCUGAAAAUGCAAUUUGGUAUUGACGUACCAUUAAAACCGGGGCGUUAUAAGAUUAUAAUGAUCCUAUCUGCAAUAGAUAUUAACGGUAAAGCUCGUCGUAAAAGUAUAUGUACAGAGAUCAAAUUAUCCUUUAUCACAUAAUUUUCGAUUUCCUUAUUCGAAGACAUAAAUGAUUUAUUAAAAAA